CAGCGGGCCGGCGCAGUUAAGCCCGGCGGAGAAUUUCGCCGAUCUCAAGUGCGUCUGUGUUCGGCUCUACUGUAGUAUGGCAUCUAGGAGAAUGGAGACCAAACCGGUGAUUACCUGCCUCAAAACGCUCCUAGUCGUCUAUUCCUUCGUGUUUUGGGUCACAGGGGCCAUCCUCCUUGCUGUUGGGGUAUGGGGAAAGCUGAUGUUGGGGCCCUACAUCUCCCUGAUUGCCGACAACACCACCAACGCUCCCUAUGUGCUCAUUGGCACCGGGAUCACCAUCAUCAUCUUCGGGCUCUUUGGCUGCGUGGCGACAUGCCGGGGCACCCCCUGGAUGCUGAAGCUGUAUGCCAUGUUCCUGUCCCUCGUCUUCCUGGCCGAGCUGGUCGCUGGAAUCUCGGGCUUUGUAUUCCGGCAUGAGAUAAAGGGCACGUUCCUGAGGACAUACAAUGAAGCUGUGAAGGAGUACAAUGCAGAGGAUGAGAGAAGCCUGGCUGUGGACAAUGUACAGCGCAGCCUGCAUUGCUGUGGGGUGUUAAACUACACCAGCUGGUUCACCAGCGUCUACUACCCUGCCAGAGGCCUGCCCCGCAGCUGCUGCGCCGAUCUGUCCGACUGCAGCCCCGAGGACCUGCGCAACUCCACUGUCGCCCCGGGCAAGGUGUACCAGCAGGGCUGCUAUGAGCUGGUGACCUCCUUCAUCGAGACCAACAUGGGCAUCAUUGCUGGGGUGGCGUUCGGCAUCGCCUGCUCGCAGCUGAUCGGUAUGCUCCUGGCUUGCUGUCUUUCACGGUUCAUCACUGCCAACCAGUAUGAAAUGGUGUAGCCAGGAAAGCCCAGGAAGCUGUACGUCACCCUGGCUGAUGGGGAUGGGGGGGAUGCCCCUAGAAAGACUAGCAUACACCACUGUUCUCUGACCCCCCCCCCCCCCUCGCCACUCCCCCCGUCUCCCACCUGUCACUGAUUCUCCCACACCGUUCCUUCUCCUGCAGCUUGCUUUUUGGGCUGAACUACAGAGACAAAAGCACCGGGGUAACGCUCCAGUCUGCACGCCCCCCCCCCCCCCCCCCCACUUUCCAUGAAAGCGCAUGCAGUACGAUACUUUAAAGGCGUCCUCGUUAUCAUUCGUAGAGCAUUAACACCACAUCUAUUACAAUUAAACGGGGUGGUUUUUUUUUAAGCUUUAAUACCUUGUGCUUUGCCAGCCGCUGUCUUUUCUGCAGCCCUGAUUUUACAUACCAGACCACCCUGUAUUUAACUGUGCAGCCAAUCAUACGUGCUUGUCUGUGCCACUUGAGGUCCGUGUCAGCGCCACGUCUGGACACCCCUGGCACCCUGAACACUUUCGUUGGGUUCAGUGCUCUUCGGCACUCUGACCUUGAGCCUCCCGUACCCCGUGUAUUUAUUUACUGAUUCAGUUUGUUUGAGGUUCAGGUUUCAGUCACACCCUUCUUAUUUCCUGUUUCCUUGCUGCCGUUGAUCAGGAAUCCUGUGUUGGGAGGACUGGGAGGUGUCACACGUUGUCAUAUUUCCGCUGCACUCCGCCACGUCCGGCACAACCUCACGCACUUUAGGCCCCACCUACCAGACCCUGUACUAUCACAACAUGCCAGUAGAAUGGCACACCCUCCUUAGAGUACACUGCCCAUAUUGCCGGACCCCCCCCCCCCCCAAUGUACGCUUCCAGUAAAAUAGCACAUUCUGUCCAAUAUACAGGGCUUUCGUAUGACUGCAUCGUUGCAGUCUAAUGAAUCAGUUGAGUCAUAGAGGCUAAGCGGUAGAGACCCUGCAGGAACCCUGAGUUCCUCCCUGAGCAUCAAAGGUGAUCCUGAGAGGGCCCAGGCUAUCAUCAUCAUCACCCAGCACCAGAGAGCUAAGGAGAGCCAGGGUAGGUUUUUUGCGCUACAGAACCCUUAGCUUUGCAGGGAGGGGAGGGGCAGCACUCUGCAGCUCCUACCGCUGUAGUGAUGGACGCUGAUGUCUGUCAUCCUGAACCAGAAAGCCUCCGGGAUGUAAUUUCUGCACGCCGAGCGCUCCAUCAUAAACGGGAACUACUCAACAACCUCCCAGCCGGUGUGACACAGACAGAGCUGUUUCCAGCUCCCAAAAGCGAACGGGAGGAUGUCACUUUCAGUACGCACAGCUGCGUGGGGGGGGGGGCAACCAUGACCGUGCCUUCUGAUUGGUUGAGCGGGCUGGCUGUGUAGGCCCCUCCGGGGAGGCCAAGGUCCUCCCACACAGAGGCCGCUCCGGAUCCCUAUACAGACUCGGCAAAGCUGUGGGGGACGAUGUGAUGGAGCGACGUGUGUUACUGAAAGACAAAAGUGUGUUUGUGUGUGUGUGUGUGUCUAGGGGACCCCUCACACCCUGAAAGUGAAAGAUAAAAGAGCAGGAUUCCACAGGGACUUAGAUGCCAUCGGUAUUCUCGAAUUUAAAAAGUGCCAGUGAGCCACGUGGCCUUGCAGCAUUCCUGCCGAGGUCCACGCAGCGGGGCCAAGGGAGAUCCCCGGAAUGACGGGAUGUAACGUGUAGGAGCUACUGGAGGCCUGAGAGCAGAGGAGGGAGAACACUGAAGUCAAUGACACCUAGUUACAACUGUGAUGGGUAUAACUAAGGCUGGGGGGACUUACAAAACCAUACUUUGUAUCGCUGUGUAAGUGGUUAUCGCCUUGUUUUAAAGUCGUAAAGUCCGUAGUUGGUCCUUAUUACCGCCAGUAUAGAAAUAUGUAGAGGAGUAGACCUCACAGUUCAACAGUGAAUAAUAACUUUAUAUUUAAAAAUAACUUUAUAUGAAAACCUUUUUAAAAACAGCACCAGAUAGCAUGCCAACUGUGUCGAUAUUGUAAAGGACUGUGAUCUCUGUAUUAAUAAAUGGUCAUUACCAA